AUGCCGCCGCUCUACUCCUCCUCUCCGCCGUUACCGCAUCUCCCGGUGUCGGCUGCGGCUGGAGGGCGCGUCGCGGCGUCGUCUUCUCCCGCCUCCGCAGUCCGCGUGGCUGCGGAGCUCUCGCGGCCGCCUGGCUCGCCGCGAGAGGCUGAAGGCCGCUGCGACGUGGAGGCGGAGGACAGCAUCGUGGAGGGUCGCGUCGUGGAGGGGAACCUGAUCGUGCGCGGCGGAAUCCGUCUGUGGGACGACGAGGCUGAAGACAACAUCGACGUCCGCGAGAUCGUCUCCUUACAGGGGCCGCCGCCCGUCUCGCGCGGACCGUCGCCGGCGGCGCGGAGCGCGCGGACACCCGGCGAAGACGCAGCAGAGCGCGACGAGGAGACCGCCGCGGAGGCGGGGGGCUGGAAGGAUGACGACGGCGAAGCGGAGGUGCCGAACCGCCGCUUCAAAGUCCGGAACCUCGUCACCAUCGAGGGGUCGAUUCCCGCCCUCCACGUCGCGAGGUUCAGACGCGACCGCGAGAGCACUCAGCCGUCCCCCAAGGCCCCGUGGCAGGCCGGCUUCAGCCGGCGCAGGCGGCAGUCGCUCCGCCGGCUAGAGGACGUCCAAGCGAAGUUCGUCGCGAGCUUCCUGCAGGACGGCGAGGUUGUGGUGAACGCGAAAACUGUCCUGGACGGCCUCGAGAAAGCCCAUAAAAGAGACGCCGCCCUCCGCCGCCUCGACGAGGAACUCGCCGACACAGUCCCUGGAUCCCUCAGCGGGCGCGUGCUGCUGCCCUACACCGACAUCGUCGUCCGCGAACUGCUUCUGGUGAGCCACUGCUGCGGCGGGCAGGGCUGGCGGGUGCUGGAGGAGCUUCGGCGCCUGCUGGUCCUGCGCAGAGGCCACGUGGCGCUGCCGCCGGUUGACCGCGGCGCGAAGGACGUGCGGCUGUGUCUGGCGCAGCUGGCGUCUCUGAAGCAGGUGUUCGAGGCCCGCGCCCACGCUGUUCUCCGUGAAGAGGACACGAUGAAACUCGCAGUCUCCCUCGCCGAGCUGCGUCUCAACAGACAGCGAAACGCCGGCUUUGAACACGUGCUCGACGACGCCCUCGACGGGCUCCACGCCGACGGCAACAGCGCCGACGUCGACCCGAGCCUCCUCCAGCGCCUGCGGCCAGGUCAGAGGAACGGCGACGCAAGUCGAGAGGAGUUGAUCAAAGAAAUCCGACAAAACCUGUCGAUUGCGCUCGCGUACUGCACCAAAGGAAAAAAACAACCUGCGGUGUAUCUACAGAUUGCAGCGAUGAAGCCGUCGGUCGCGUACGCGUUCUUGGGUCCUACAGACCUGUCGCUGAUCCUUCUGGAAGUGUUCCAGGGCUUGUGGUGUCGCUUCGUCGAGUUCUCACUCCGGCGGCAAGUCCGUGUCUCUACAGCCGCUCUCGUCCUCGACUUCAGCUCGCUGACUGAGCGCGAACUCACUGCGGGAAGCUGCUACUUCCUGCUUUCGUCUCUGCGCGACGUCCUGCGGGCCUUCUGUCCUCUGCUGAUCAAAAAAAUCAUCUUCUACAACGCGCAGCGGGCUCGGGAGAGCUUGUGGGCGAUUCUCCGACCCGCAAUCGAACACAACUGCUUCUUUGCUUUCUGCGAGUCCGAGGAGGCUCUCAACGAGGAAAUCGAAGGCGACAGGCCGUUCAUUUUCCACACCACAGGCUUGGCGAAUGAGAUGGCGUUGCUGACCUGCCUGCGGCCGCUCUACACGCUGCGGGAGCCUCCGCUUCCCUCUCCUGAGCAGCUGUCGGCGCUGCGCAUCUGCCACGUGGCGCCUCACGCGCGCUACCCCGGGGAGGAAUGCGAGGCGGAGAAGGGUCUGGCAGACGACCCGCGUCGCGAGGCGCAGCUCGACGGUCCACACAAGCAGCUCUUUUUCCUCCUCGGGGCGGGUCGCGUGCUGCUCUCGACGGUCGCCGGCGACGACGACGCGAAUCUCCGCGCGUCGCCCGAGCAUCUCGCCCAGUCGCUGGCGGCGCGCGUCCGCGGCCGCCAGGAGGAGAGCGACGCGUGGGACGACCAGGCGACCAAGGCGCUGAAGCGCGAGGAGGCGCUCAUUCGGCGCCUCUGCAACGCGGAAGGCUCCCGCUUCUGGUGCGGCAUGAACGACAUCCACGACGUGGUUUUUCAGAAAAAGCUCCAGCGCCGCGAAGCCGCAGCCGGGGUCGACGCCGCGACGGACGAGGAGGAGGAAGCAGAGCUCGACUUGAUCGACCCUGACGCGCACAUGGGGCCUUCGCAGGAAAGCCCGCGCGAGGCGGCUGCAGAGGCGCAGGAGCGCGAGUGGAGAAUCCGUGAUCCGACGCGAAAAAUCGACGAAGGGGCUCGAAGACGAAGAACCGAGAGAAUCUUCGAAAGGGUCUUUAAGGGUCAGGAAGCGAUAGAGAAGACUAUCGAGGAGAUCGGCGGACAGUUCGAAGAGACCUGGGAACGCAGCGUUCAAAAGGGCUUGGAGGAAACCUAUCUGGAAGGCGCAGCUGGCGCUUCUCGUCUCUCGACAGCCGGCGCGCGUCCCUUGCCUCGCCCCUUCCCCAUUCCACUCGACCUGGUUGACCGCCGCCCGGUGUCUGCGCACUUCGCGCCUUCGGAAGAUGCGCUGCUUGACUGGGAGCUCCCCACUCUGCUGCAGCCGAACUUUGACAAGUUUUGGGUGAAGCGGGAUGGAGGAAAAGGCGAGGAUCCGAAGCGAGAAGCCGGGCUCGCGAUCAGCGAGAUGGUCGUGGAUAAACGAAAGGUCGCCAGCGACUUCCUCAGCUCAGUCCAGACGGCCGCGAACGAAGUCCGAGCCUAG